GAGGAGCCAACUGAGGAAAGACAUAAAAACAACUGCGGGAUAGAUAGAGUAGACAGACCGAGAGGAGAGACAUAUUAUUGCUAGUUUUUGGAAGAUUUUGAGUAGUUUAGUAGUGCAUUUUGGUUUUUUUGUGGGGGGAAAAUGCUUCACGUUCAUCAAUCUGCCUUGUUUUUUCGACUGAACGACGAGGACACUUGGUGCAGUUCAUCGUCGGAAUCAAAUAUAAGUAGCGAUGAUGAGAUUGACGACCCGACUUUUCAGGACACUUUGUGUAGUUCAUCGUCGGAAUCAGAUGAUGAGAUUGAGGACCCGACUUCAUUUGUUGACAACGAGAGAGAUGAUGAGCAGCCAUCGCCAUCUACAACCCCGACAAAGAGCAGACAGAGGCCUACACGGAGGGGGUGUGGAAGGAGUCCAAUCAGGUCAAGAUCUCCAGUCCAGUCAGGACAGCCACACCUCAGAUGUGAUCCUUGGAAAACAGAGAGAGAUCCUGAUACUGCCCCACAACCCAGUAGGUUCACGCCCCGCAGAACACCAGGACCCCAAGUGAACAUGCAUUCAGUGCACUCACCAAUGGACCUUUUCAAGCUGUACUUCACCACAGCUACCAUGAGGACACUCUGCAAAAACACCAACAAACGCGCAGCAAAAAAUAUGGCAUUGGGGUUUAAGUACCAAUGGACUGAUGUUGGAGUUGAGGAACUGUACCAAUUUCUUGGUCUCCUAUUGUACACAUCAUUGGUGUCGCUGUCAAGUAUCCAGGACUACUGGAAACGAAACCACCUCAUGUCUGUGCCGUUUCCACAAACCGUCAUGACAAGAGACAGAUUCCGGUCAUUAAUGUGGAACAUCCACCUCAGUGAUCCAGACGAGGAUGAAAUAAAUGAUCAGAAGAAGGGAACACCAGAGUAUGACAAGUUGUUCAGAGUCAAACCUCUGAUGGAUGACAUUCGGAUCGCCUGCCAGGCUCAUUACCACCCAAGGAAAGAAGUGGCAGUCGAUGAGAGGAUGGUGGCAACUCGAGCGAAAACUGGCAUGACCCAAUAUUUGAAGGACAAACCCACAAAAUGGGGGAUCAAGCUGUUCGUGUUGGCAGAGUCAAGGAGUGGCUACACCCUCAACUUCAACGUGUACAAGGGCAAAUCACACACAGCCAGCGUGCAUGGGCUGGCGUAUGAUGCUGUCAUGAACCUCAUUCAGCCAUCACAUCUUGGGACAGGAUACCAUAUUUACAUGGACAACUUCUACACAAGCCCCAAACUGUUCCUUAGAUUGGCUAGCAUGAAGUUUGGAGCCUGUGGUACCUACAGGGACAAAAUGACAGUGAAAGGGUGUCCUAGGGACAGAGCCAAUGCCCUCAACCCUCAAUCCAAGAGGGGCACCGUGAGAUGGAUCAGAGAGGAUUCCCUGGUCUUUGUGAAGUGGAUGGACACGCGGGAGGUGUCGAUUUGCUCCACAAUCCACCCAGCGUUUUCUGGUGACACUGUCAAGAGGAGAAUAAAGGAUGGAGAUGGACUCUGGUCGGUAAAAGACAUUCCCUGCCCUACCCCCAUCAUCGCCUACAACAAGAACAUGGGAGGGGUUGACCUGUCAGACCAGCUUCUCCAGUAUUAUUCCACCCGCCGCAGGACUGCUCGCUGGUACCGUACCCUGUUCAUGCACUUUGUGGACAUGGCAACAACGAAUGCCUACAUCCUGCACUGUGAGAUUAGCAACACAAAACAGGAAAAGUCUAUGACACACAAGAACUUCCUGACAGAAAUGGUGUCCCAGCUGUGUGGAGUGGAUCAGACAGGAGUUCGCAUCCGAAGGAGCACUGACCAUGUUCCUGUUGCCAUUAUGGUGAAUACAGAUAAAGAAGACAAAGCCACACAAGGCCGCAAGUCCUGCCGACGUUGCAACGAAGUGGAUCAGACAAGGAAGCUCACACCAUGGAAAUGCAAGGCUUGUGAUGUAGCCCUCUGUCUCAUUCUUGACAGAAACUGUUUUGAGGAGUGGCACAAAGACCAACCGUUGCAACCGUUGCAACCGUUGGAACCGUCGGAACUGUCGCAACCGUUGGAACCGUUGCGACCAAGUGGAUCAGAAAAGGAACCUCACACCAUGGAAAUGCAAGACCCAUUAUGUAGCCCUCUGUCUCGUUCUUGACAGAAACAGUUUUGAGGAGUGGCAGAAAGAAAAAGAAAAAAACGCCCAUUGUCGCACCUGCUUUUUGCUUUAUGUAGAUCGAUUUUUACCUCAAUUUUUUUCUUUUUGUGUUUUUUUUUCUAUUUGGGAACCCCUCAUACCCUGCGAAUGCAAAGCCCGUAAUGUAGCUCCCUGUAUAAUUGUGUACAUAAACUGUUUUAAAGAGUGGGAAAGCUGAAAAGAACAAACGCCUAUGUCUACACCUGCUUUUUUGUAAAUUUCGUAUUACACAAUGAUCAUUUUUGGUGCGACGUUUAUUUUUGAGGGCAGGGUUUUAUUAACAGCAGGUGAAGCACGGACCAUUUAAUGCUCCAAUAAAAGUUUAAGGUUAUCGGAUGUAAGCGAUCUAAAGAAACUUUUAUUCCCUUUUGUACAGCAUGCAUCCAAUGAGGUUGUUGUUUUGUGUCAGUAAUUUACUUUGGUGAAUGUUAUUUACAGGUGUGAAGGAAUUAUAACUAUACUGCUAAUCAAUGCUGUUAAAUCAAUUACUACCUCAAGUAUAUAAAAUGUGUAAUGUUUAGUACUAAACCAUAUAUAAGGUCAGAUGGCUGAGCGGUUAGGGAGUCGGGCGAUUGAUCAGAAGGUUUCCGGUUUGAUUCUUGGCUGUGUAAAAUGACGUUGUGUCCUUAGGCAAGGCACUUCACCCUACUUGCCUCAGGGAGAAUGUCCCUGUACUUACUGUAAGUUGGUCUGGAUAAGAGCAUCUGCUAAAUUAUCCAUAUCCAAUUGUGAUCAAUUGAUUUAAUAAAGAACAGAUGGGAUUAUGCAACAA